AGAGGAUCUGCCAGUGAUCAAUCUCGUUUCGCCCAUAUGUCAGCGUCUGUUCCGCUGCCUCCGCUAGGCAAUCCUGAUAAACCAAUUCCUGCAGGCGCGAUGGCGGCAUCAGAGCACCAACACGCCAGUGAGUCAUCGGUGGUUUUCCCGCACCUUUCUGGACCGUUUGAUGGAGCGCGGCUACUGGAAGGGGGCAGGACAUAUGCAAAAGAGCCGCAGGAGGCUUCAACAGGUGAGUGAGCACGUAUGGAGCGGGCCAUUGUACACUCACUGCCCCUUUGCGCCACUGGUUGGCUCUUGCUGGUUGGUUACAUACAGGUCCCUACAGCACGUUUGGCGGCAUGAGCGGCAUGCCUGACGAUAUAGUCAUGGACGCAGAAUUCAGAAGGGAACUUGAACAACAAAAGCUACAUGUACGAUCGACAAAGAAACACCCACACGUGGACAGACAGACCCCUUCCUCACUGCACUCGACGCGUGUCUCUAUCAGGAGUCUCUCAAGGCCCGUUUAAGCCUCGAGCACCAGCUGAGCGAGACGAGGGACCGACUCAUUGUCACAGACGCCAAGAAGCAAUCAUUCAAGAAACAGGUAUGUACUUGCAUCACCCAAUUGAUGGCCGUCUCAUCCUGCAGGUAGACGGUUUUUGCGUUGCCUUCAGGCCCGUGAGUACGAGGCAGAGAUCGAGAAGCUCCGCGCCACCGUGACCAGCCUCCAGAAAGACACCGAGGAAGCCAGGUAGACAAACACUCGCACACAGACACGUACGCGUCAAACGGGUGGGUGGGUGUUUGUCAGGCGCGAGGCGAUUGAGUGGCAUGACCGUGGCGAGGCAGCCGUCAACCAGAUGAAGGAAAUGAGAGAAACACACCUGCAGGUACACAAAGAACACACAGACGUUCCCUUGAGGCUCUCUUCACGUCUCCUGUCGUGCUGAUAUACGUGCGUGCAGGAGGUGCGGCUUUUGCAGCGUGGCCUUCGUGCCAAGAUGGAGGGCGACGAUCAGCGUAACAAAACUGACAGGGAGGCUCAAGUGCUGGAGCGAUUAAGCAAGGCCGCUGCGCAGAGGGAGGAGUCAUACAAGGAGAAAAACAGACUCCAAGCACAGCUGGACAAAGUGAGUGAGGGGCGAAGGUAUCUCUUCACUUCCAGUCAAUAGCUCAUUCAUUGUCACUCACUCAUUUCAGGCCAAAAGUGACUGUCGUUUGUUGCUGCAAGAGCGGCACGCUCUUCGCGAGAAGGUCAAGCGGCUGUCAGAGGAGGUGCAGCACCAGAAGAAGAGGGCCGCACUCGCAAACACACGCGAUGCACAGCUAUACAACCCACUUAGCGGCAGCAGCAGACCGGGCCAGCAAGCAGCCGCGGCCAAGAGCGACUCUCAGCAGCAAAGGAAGAGCCCCUCUCCGGUCAGCCCGCUUUCUGUGUCGUGGUCUGGCAGCAAGAAGGGCAGGAGGAGCAGAGGGAGCAACGCCAGAAACAGCGAGACAUCACCGGCCGCAUUGCCUGAUGUGGCGGGGGCGCUGAAGCGAUCCGCUGAGGAAGAGGUCAGACAGAAACACAACGAUGUAGUCGGAUGGAUGGAUGGAUCGGACUGUCGGGCGCAGAGUGACGAGGAGUUUGAGAAACAGCUCCAGAUGGUAGAGAGGAGGUAUGAGAUGGGCAUGACUGUUCUUCUUUGCCCAUGCAGCGAGCACUGGUGUGUGGCUCUCAGAUUUGAGGGCUUAGGGGACAAUGCUCGAGGCCUUGACGAGAUCGUAGAACAGCUGCAAAAGGAGAAGCACAAACUCGAAAACGCAAGGACAGGUACACACGCGACCGCCUCCCUUCUCCAUAUUCACAGUGCUUCCUCCCUUCUUCAGAGGACCGUCUCGCCCUGGAGGAGAUGUCUGAAGCUCUCCGCGAGUGGCAGUACCUCUGCGAUCAAAAGGAGCAGCUGCUAAUCCGACUCAACGAGGCCCUUGGCGAGGCCACACAGGAGCACAAGCGCCUCGUCAACGCAUUAGGUCUUGACGAGUCGACCAUAGCCACCUUGCCGGCACUGCAGGGGCCUCCUGCCCCUCUCGGCGAGCCGUCCAUCGGUGUGCGGUCAGGGAGGGUCUCUCGGAUGGAUCACAAAGACAAAGACGUGCCGACAGUGGCUUUGUCUGAGUACGAGGCGGCCAAGAAGGAGUCGGCCACGCUCAAGUCGACAGCCACGGGGCAACAGUCGCUCAUCACCCGGCUGCAGGAGCAGCUGCUGGCCCUACAGACCGCGUAUGCCCGCGUGUAUGAGGUCUGCACGUCAGCAGGCCUGCACCACCUGCCUGAGGGCCACCUCAUCCCGUCGGACCCUCUGGUGCUCAUCCGACAGCUCAACUCGCAGGACGGCUCGCUGCGCUCGUUCAGCGACUCCAUCCGCCAGUCAUCGUUCGGCACGCCCGGCGACCCCAACAGGCACGGCAACAACAACCAUGGCGGUAAUCAUCUGGAGGCGGCUAGGCCGGCCAACAACUUCCCGUCUUUUGGCGAUGCCAUCCACACGCGAGCACCUGAAUCAGACACACAGGCAGCACCUUCGGGACAGGCACAGGUAGGUAAUCUGGAUCGACAAGCACACAAUGAAUGCUCUUUACCCCUUCACAAGUCGGUCCUCCCUCCCUCCGUUUGUGUGCCAGGCGGCUCACCCAUCGAGCAAGUGGGGCCACGGCGAGAGCGUGAGCAACCCAGGUGUGGUCCCGACAGUUGUCAUGGGCAGGCUGCAUUUGACCGAGGAGCUGGGCCGCUCCUCUGGUGCAUCGGUGCCCCACGGCAGCAUCCCCCCGCCCCCCUUCCAACCGGAGGCGCCCAAGGCGCCAGCGCCGAAGGAGAAGCCGGGUGCGGGCCACUACUACAAUUACUACAUCGGCAAGUCGCCCAGAGAGUCUGACGACAGCAACCGGGUCACCUAUGCCGCCUCAUCGAGAAAGACAUUCGAAGGUCGGCCAAUUCAUGGAGAGACAUGGGAGAAGGUAGGAGCGUGUAUCAUGCAUGGGUGAUCAUGUCUACAGACGACGUGCCGGCGGAGGACAGUGGUGACGGUGCGAGCAGGAAGGUGGCGAGCAUCAGCCCAUCGCAUGAGGACGUUGCUGACUACUGUGUCAACUGGCUCGUCCAGAAGGCCCUGUCCAACAUAAGCGCGGCAGAUGGUGAGUUGGCUCACAGAACCGACUCUUCUCUUUUCUUAUCUCAUCUCAUCCAUCACCCUCUCCCUCCCCCUGAUCAGAUCCAGGCUUCUUCGACGUGGCCGGCACCUCCAUCAGCCAAUCGCAACAAGACAGGUGAUACGACGUACGUCUCCCUCUUCCUGUCCAUGUCUCCGUCCGUCUGUCUCUCCCUGCUUGCUUGUAGGUAUUCACCAGACGCCCUGGACGAGGCCACCCCCGAGCCCUCCGACCCCACCCCAUGGGAAAACCCGCCCGAAGGCCCGUCACCCGAAACGGACAUCGUCAGCCCCGAUGUGGUCUUCCAGCAGGCCACCUUCGCCAAGACAGGCGAGCUGCUGCAGCUGGAGCUCUGCCGCAUGGACGAGCCACCCCUGCCGUGGCAGGGCAGCCGGCCGCACUCAGAGGGCGGCCUGCCGAGCCGCCCCGAGAUGGCGGGGGAUGCGUGGGAGCUGAGGGCACAUGAGCUGUCGACCAAUGAGAGGUUUUCGAUGGUAAUUGACGAGGGGAUCCUGACGCAGCUGGACCAGGAGGACCCCUGGCGGGACCUGUUCUCGCUUAUUGGGCUGACUGCGGGGCGGGAACUGGUGCUGCCGGUGCUGGUGGGGAGGAGACGUGUGACACUCGCACCUGCAGGGGUGGCCAUCAUCCUCUCCCUCUAUCGGUAAAGAGACAUGCACAAACACACGAGCAUUGGAUCGUAUUGCUGUUGUCGGUUCAGUUACGAUGCGUAUCGAUUUUUCCUUAACGGUUAUGACGAGGAGGGCGACCGGCUGGCCGACCUAGUGCUCCUCGAGGACCAACUAGGGGCGGCCGACAAGGCACAUCUGGACCUCUGCAACACUGACGAGAUGCUCUUUGACUUCUUCGUGGGCAACCUGACUCUCCACGAGGUACACACAGACACGGACAUCGAAGAUGCUUUAUUCUCUGUCGGUCUCGUUUGUGCAGAUCAAGCUCAAGUCAGUGUCGUCUCGGCCAAAGCGGGCCGCCAUGUCUGCGGCCCCCCAGGCGGACGUCAGCCUCAAGUUGCUGUUCAAGGACUACCAUAAGGAGGAAACUGCGGGGGAUGAACACCUGUAGCUAG